AUGAACAACAACAACGAACUCUAGUUCUUUGAUCUAAUAAAGGCUAUAGGGGCAUUUAUUGUAUACUUUGGGCACACUCUGGUCAAUCAUCCACAUAUGGCUAAGAUAACUCCUGCCUAAUGGACGAUUACUGUAUUUGGAGCACAUUAAACCAAUGAUGCCUUUUUCUUUAUCUCAGGUUGGCUCUCGAUUAAAUCUUUUGAAAGCAGUAUAAAAAAUCAGCCAAACUAAAGCUAUUGGCAAUAGUACUGGGGUUUUACCUCUAGGAGAAUUUAUAGAAUGGCACCUCUAUUUUAUUUGAUAGGCUAUAUAUAGCAUGACUUCUACAGAUGCACGUGGAAGGAGUUCUUUCACUACAUUACUUUCACUCAUUAGUUUUAUGAUGAGGGCAAAAUAUCAGUCAUGCAAAAGUACUGGUAUGUAAACUGUCAAAUGCUUUUAUUAAUUGGAUCACCUCUAAUGUUCAUGCUAGGCCGGUAAUUGAAUUUCUUUGGCAAAAAUGUUCUUUAUAUUAUUCCAGCUGCAGUAAUCUUAUUUCAAGCACCUAACAAAUUGGUAUUUACAAUACAAGACAGAACAGCAGCUUACUUUUUAGGAAUAUUAUCAUAUCAUUACAGCUUGAAAAUGAAGGAUUUCAACAUGCAUAAGUACUUGCAAAUAUUCAUUUUGAUUAUCUGUUUUCUGGUAUACCCACUUAUGAUAUAUAAAAUAAUCUUUUUGCCCUAUAACCUCAAGCCAUUGCCAUUUUUAUUGUGGAUUGUUAUAUUUACACUUGUCGCACAGAAGUUUGGGCCAACCUUUUUCCUUAAUAAAUUAGCCAAAUUUAGAGUAGUGCAGAUAGUUUCCUCGCACUCAUUUGAGCUCUAUAUGAUUUAAUCAUUGUAUCUCUUUAAGUACCAAUUGUUUGAAUAGAUCAAAGAAAAUUACAGAUUCUAAAUAGAUAGCUAUAAAACAUUAUAUGGAGUUAGCAUAGCCUCAUUUCUGAUUACCCUUAUGCUGUCAAAGCUUGUUCUAAAGUACUUUGAAAUGCCAAUUUUAUCCUUAUGCAUGAACACAGAAGCUAGAAUAACUAAAUACUUCUCUGGCAAAUUUAACAAGUAUGCAAUCAUGAUGCUAGGAUUUUUAAUAUACUUUGCUUUUGAUAGAAAUAUGAAUAUCACUAAUAGCUCAAGAAUAAAGGACUGUGGAAGUCUUAAAGUAUUUGAUGAUAUAUCCUUCAAUUAACAGAUGAAAUAAUACGAGCUUUAAGUACUUGAAAACUUUCAAGAUUUCAAAAUGGAGCCUUUUGUUGAUAAUGAUGCAGGUUUGAUUUUAAGAGAAGUCAGUGGUUCAUUUGUUAGAAAGUAAUCUAAUGAUUCUACAUUUAAGUAUCAGUUUAAUGAUGGAUCUAAAGGUUUAGAUAUCUACGGCUAAGUUUUAUUUAUGAGAGGACAUGGUGCUCUAGGCCUAUUUAAUCAAACUUUAAAUAACUCACUACAAUACUAUCCUUUCACUUUUUAAGCAAGACUUAAAGACUACAUAUUCUCUUUUGAGUUAUCCAGAGAGAAUUAAUCAGAAGGUUUUAAUUUUGUUGAGUACAGAGCUAAAUAAGCAGCUGUUGCGUAAUUCAAACCAGAAAACAAUAUUUCAAUCUCAAUUCAAAGUGAUGUAUCUCACAUUAUCAUGCAAAAGAUAAAACUUCAAUUAAAUAAAAGCCUCAAAGAAAACCGCCUAACUAGUGAUUAUGCUAGCAAGAGAUCUAUCUUGCCUUUGAAGGACUUAAAUGAUUUUGCAACUUCUUAGAGUUUUAAGGAAAUCACUUUUGCUUACGAUAAAGUAUACAUUUGCAUGAGUAAUGAAGAAGCUAUUGAUAAACAUACAAAUGAAAAUAUUACUAAAUCAGAUUUGUGA